AUGGCCUUCUCAUAUAGUCCGGCGCCGCCUGUCCGCCCUUCACGCUCACUCGACGGACUCGAGCGCGUUGUACCACCUCACCACCUCGGCCUCAAUAAGCCUCUCCCCGCCAGACCCGAAGAGUCGGCGAUGUGGAGUGACAGCGACAGUGCAACCGACAGUUUUCCCAGUGAACCCCGCAACUCCGCCGACAGUUACCCUAUCUUCGUUGGCGAUUUCGACUUGACGGAUCAGGCCGCCGAUCUCACUCCACUGCCUCCACUCAAGUGCACGGACGCGAUAGACAUCGUCAUCGACGACUCCAUCCCCAUCGCCUCGUCUUUCGACUCGCCCGACCCGCCGGCCUACUGGGCUCAGCAACGGACGGGCGCAAACCACUACUUCCGCGAAAAGAAGUGGGACUAUUUCCCCGAGUUGGCCCCGUCGACAGUAACCGCGAACAUGAAUGCCCCCAAGUCCCGCAAGAAGGGUUCCGCAUUAGAGAUUGCCAAGGGCAAAUACAGAUGGCAUUCCCUCGAUCGGGGUGGUUUGAAUGGAGUGCGCGAUUCGAUCAAAACCUAUGUGCACCGCACCCUCUCCCGGGACGGGGAGCCUAAACGGGAAAUCUCCCGCCCUGAAACGGCCCCCAUGGACCACCAUCUCAGCGAUGCGUCUAGUGUUCUAGGCCCGAAAGGCUGGGAGCCACAUCAACAGUCUCUGGCCUUGGAUACAGAUGCUGCCAUGCGCGUAUCUGUAUCGACAUCUCCAGGUGCCCACUACGAUUACACUAAACAGAUGUUCCAUCUCCAAACGCCUAUCUCACCUACCUUCUCCACAUUCCCACCCUCCCCGGUCUCGGAUAAGUCUCCUACCACGCCGCGUCAGAAGCAGCUGGCUGUGCCACUGUCGCCGUACCAGAAACAUGGCCCUGCGAUCUGGGAAUCACCCAAGAAAUCCAAGAGUGUUCAAUCUCCCAAUCGUUCAUCGCCGACCGAACCCUCUUCAUCUUCGGCUCCGGAGCUAUCAUUCGCCAAUGCAUCCUCGUCGCCGCAGCUAAAGCAGCUACAGCAAAACACCCGCGGAGUAUUCAUGGGAGCGAAGAGAAAGAUCGCCGAAUCAAAAGAGGAUCGAAGACGAGAGCAGCUGAAAUCGCAAAUCAAGCUCAUCGGCCCUGUCAACCCUCACACCUACGCGCAAUCUGACCCCUGGGUCUGA